AUGCCUACCUGGUUCGACACUAUUGAGAAGUCCUUCGCCGAUGUCCCCGUGGACGCAGGCAACGACAAUGCUAUCUCUACCACUGAGUUCCUCAAAGCUGCUGAGUCCCUGGUCACCCUCUUCGACCUUCUCGGCUCCACGGCCUUCAACGUCGUCAAGAAUGAUCUCCUCGGAAACAUCAAGAAAGUGAGGGACAGGCAGACUGCAGCCCCCGCUGAGUCUGAGACUCUCCAGGAUCUUGUUAAGAAUGAGCUGAAGACCAAGAGCCACACUGCCACCGAGGGUUUGCUCUGGCUUGUUCGAGGACUCGACUUCACCGUUCAAGCUCUCCGUGACAACCUUGAAAACCCUGGCAAGGAGCUUGCUGAUUCCUUCCGCUCCGCCUACGGCAACACCCUCAAGCCGCACCACUCGUUCAUCGUUAAGCCUCUUUUCAGUGCCGCCAUGUCUGCUACCCCAUACCGCAAGGACUUCUACGCCAAGUUGGGUGAUGACCAGACCCUGGUCGACCCUGCGUUGAAGAAAGAAGUAGAGGGCCUGGAGCGUGUUGUUGGCAUCUUGAAGGAAUUCCAGGGCCGCAAGGAAGCCAAGUGGUAA